CUGGUCUCGUUCCGUCGUUCUUAUUUAUUCACUUGCGUUGCGUAAUGCCAAAUUUCUGCGGACAGCAAUACCGCAAGGACCGAAUUAGGAUCUUCCAGUGACGUCAGGCUUUGCCAGCCCCGCAAGAACAUUUCGUUUGAAUUGUACUGCGGGGACGUACCCGGCUGUCUUUUAAACUUGCGUAAGCAGUAGUUGGAAUUCGGUUCCUGCAGAUAAUGGAGAUGGAGACAUCUAAUGGUAGCAUACCUGCAGAAGAAGCUCAUACAUCAUUGAUCCAUGGUCUUCCUGAUGACCUUGCUCUUCUUUGCUUAGCGAGGGUUCCACGGACUUACCAUCAUGUAUUAAAAUGUGUCUCAAAAAGAUGGAAGGCACUUCUAUGCAGUGAUGUGUGGUACUCUUGUCGGCAGAAUCUUCAGUUGGCAGAGUCCUGGGUUUAUGCUUUUUGUAGGGACUCUUGUGAUUGUCUCUGCAUUUAUGUCUUAGAUCCCUCCAGAAGAUGUUGGAAGCACAUUAAAGAUCCCCCAAUCCCAUGCAUGAAAAGAUAUGGCAUGGCAUAUGCAGUACUGGAACGAAAAUUGUAUUUGCUGGGUGGCUGUGGUGAAUCUGAAGAUGCAAGUGAUGAUGCCUACUGCUAUGAUGCUCUCACAGACACAUGGGAAAAAGUAGCCUCGUUGUUAGUUCCAAGGUGUCAUUUUGCAUGUGAAGCUUUAGAUGGAUGUUUGUAUGCUGUUGGAGGCAUGGGCUUGACUUAUGAAUCAUUACAGACAUGGGAGAUAUAUGAUCCACAUGUAAACUCAUGGCAAUGUUCUAGUGAUCCCAGCAUUCCUUCAGAUAUAGGAGAAUCUGCAAUAGUCAACGGGAAAAUGUAUAUUCGCCAUAUCAGCCCUGACAUAGUCCCAAAUUCAUAUGCAGCUAUGUUCGACCUCUCAGACAACAAAUGGCAUCCUGUGGAUAAUGAAAUGGUGAUGGGGUGGCGUGGACCGGCAGUAGUGGUUGGAGGAAGUCUCUAUGUCUUGGAUCAGACCUCAGGAAUCAAACUAAUGACCUGGAAAGAAGAAACUAGAGAAUGGGCUUUAGUUGGUAGGCUUUCAACAUUGUUUACAAAGCCACCUUGCUGUGUUGCUGCUAUCGGCAAAAGAAUUUUUGUGAUUGGGAAGGGGCUAAAUACUGUGGUUAUUGACACACAGACAGCUGGAAGAAUCCAAGGUAUAAUGCUAUGCACUUCCAUUCCAGGCUUGGUGGAUUUUGAUGAUCUAGUAGUAAGCUGCAAAACAAUUUCAAUUUGAUAUGAUUAUAAAGGUCGCAGCCUUGUUGCGUUGAAGCUAUGUGCAGCUGUUUCUUCCUGCAGCAAAUUUGUUCAUUAUUCUUCUAUUGAUUAGUAAAGAGUACGAAAACAAAAAGGAAGAGAGAACCAGUAGUUUGAUGAUCACACAGGAAUUCAGUCGAUAUUGUACUUCUAUAUUUUAUUUUGAAUCUUUUUCACCGUAUAGACCCUUGUAAAUUGUGGCACGUUCACCUUGAACUUGUAUAUUGUGGCAUGUUGUGCCAUUUGUGUGCUUUGGGAAUGUAAGCUUUUGAUAAUAUUCCCCAAUGUUUAGGCACCCUUGUGCUACUGGCAUCCUUCCUGUUGCUGGGAAGAACUUGCCCAGAAACGAGAACAUGUGUAAAAUGACACUUCUGCAUUUGAGUUUGUAUCUUAUACUUUUAUUUGAGGGCCUGUAUGUUUCAGGCAGCAGAAAGGAACCCACCUUCAUGUGAAUUGAAAAUUUUCUGGACAUUAACAUUUAACUUACAUUGUUUCACA